AUGGAACGCCGGCGCAGGGAGCAGCUUCGCGCCCGAGCUGUUUUUUUUGCCGAGAUCUGCGGCCACGCCUGCGGGCCGAAAUGGCGCAGAGCAGCCCGCCGCUGCUCAGGAGCCCCGCCUCGCAUCGAGCGAGCCAUGUGCCCCUUCAGCCGAAAGGGGUGGAAGGCGCACUCGGCCAUGUGGCAUCCGUCCAGCAUGCUCUUCGAACAUCCGCACGCCCGCGUGAGCGCCUCUUGCUACGACUUGGCCAGCGGUUUCGCCGUGCUGCCCGCGGCCGUCUCCCGAGGCAGGGCGGCCUGCUGGGCCGCCCUCUGGUCAACCCAGGCUUCGCGGGCCUCGGAGUGGGCCGUCGCCACCCAAGGGGCGCUACCCACGGCUGCGUCGGCUUCCGCGCCGCCCUUGGCCUUCUGGGACGACUCCAUCGCAGCUGCGAGCGUGUCCAUCAUGAACGCAGCGCCCGUGGCCCACGCCCCCUGGGAACGAGUGUACUCGAGCGCGUCGGGCUGCUUUUGCAGCUUCCACCAGGUGCCCAAGGCUGGCCGCCUUGUAGUCGUCUUCCGUGGCGAAGCCGCUCAUGAGCCACGUUGCAACAGCCGCAGCCCGGGCGGUCGCGCAUCCAUUUCACCGUUGUGGCGAGCGCCAUGA